AUGUCAAAAUUUCUCAGUUUGCCAGUAGAACUUGUUUAUCGAAUUUUGGAUCACGAAAGUGAUGAAACAUUAUUGUAUUCAAUGCAAAAUGUCUGUCGACGAAUCGACCAGAUUCUUAACACUUAUGAUCGAUACAUAAAACUUACUAGACUAUAUCUGAGCUGGAACGAGUAUACACCUAUUCUCGUACAACAUCUUGCUGAUACACUGAAAAUAAACAAAACUCUUGAUACAUUGAGUCUGCAUGGGCAUCCAAUCGGAGACGUUGAAGCACAACAUUUUGCCGAUGCGCUGCGAAUAAACACGACUCUCACUAGUCUACAGCUGGGAUUGAAUCGAAUUGGAGAUACUCGAAUACAACAUUUUACCGAUGCAUUGCGAACGAACCAAACUAUAACUAACCUGAGCUUGGCAUGGAAUGAGAUUACAGCCGAUGGAGCAUUGCAUCUUGCUGAUGUCUUACGAACCAACCAAACCCUUACUACACUGAAUCUGUUCGGAGAGCAAAUUGGAAAUGUUGGAGCACAGCAUAUUGCUGAUGGGUUGCGAAAAAAUAAAACCCUCACUACACUGGAAUUGUGGCAAAGUGAAAUUGGAUGCAUUGGAGCACAACAUCUUGCCAAUGGAUUACUAACAAACAGAACUCUUACUACAUUGGACCUCACGUCGAAUCAAAUUGGAACCGUUGGAGGGCAACAUCUUGCCGACGGACUGCGAACAAACCGCACCCUGACUAUGUUGAUACUCAAGUUAAAUCGAAUUGGAGAACUUGGGGCUCAAUACCUGACUGAUGCAUUGCGCAUAAAUACAACCCUCACUACAUUGAAUUUGUAUGGGAAUGAAAUUGGAAACGUUGGAGCACAAUAUUUUGCUGAAAUGCUGCGUACAAAUAAAACCCUUACUACUCUAGAGCUGGGUUGCAAUCAAGUAGGAAACCUUGGAAUUCAACACUUUGCUGAGACAUUGGGAAUAAACAUGACACUCACAACGUUAGCACUCUCGGAAAAUGAAAUCGGAGAGAUUGAAGCACGACAUCUUGCUAAUUCAUUGCGAACAAACCGAGCCCUAAUUACACUAGAACUGAACUCGAAUCAAAUUGGAGACAUUGGAGCUCAACACCUUGCUGAUGCACUCCGAGUAAACAAAGCACUCAAGAUGUUAAAACUCUCUUGUAAUCAAAUUGGAAAUGUUGGAGAACGGUAUCUAGAAGAUGUUCUGCAAACUCUUACUAUACAGUAUUCAAAUUAUGGCGCAUUUAUUUAUGACAGUGAUGGUAUAUUGUAA